AUGGCGGAUUCGGGCGAGGUGGACCUAGAUUCUAUCAUCGACCGACUGCUCGAAGUCAGAGGCAGCAGACCUGGGAAACAGGUACAGCUUCUUGAAGCCGAGAUUCGUCAUUUGUGCCAGAAGGCCCGCGAGAUCUUCAUAUCUCAGCCCAUACUCCUUGAGCUCGAGGCUCCUAUUAAGAUAUGCGGUGACAUUCACGGCCAAUACUACGAUCUGCUUCGUCUGUUUGAAUACGGGGGCUUUCCGCCCGAGGCCAACUACCUCUUCUUGGGUGAUUACGUGGAUCGAGGGAAGCAGUCACUAGAGACUAUCUGUUUGCUUUUAGCCUACAAAAUCAAGUAUCCAGAGAACUUUUUCAUCCUCAGAGGCAACCACGAAUGCGCUUCGAUCAAUCGCAUCUACGGCUUCUACGAUGAAUGUAAGAGGCGGUACAAUAUCAAAUUGUGGAAGACUUUCACAGACUGUUUCAACUGUCUCCCAAUCGCCGCUAUAAUCGACGAAAAGAUCUUCACUAUGCAUGGUGGAUUGAGCCCAGAUUUGAAUUCGAUGGAGCAGAUCAGGCGUGUAAUGCGUCCAACAGAUAUUCCCGAUUGCGGCCUUCUCUGCGAUUUGUUAUGGUCGGAUCCCGACAAAGACAUAACUGGAUGGAGCGAGAACGACCGAGGAGUCUCCUUUACGUUUGGUCCUGACGUCGUGUCACGAUUUCUCCAAAAACAUGACAUGGAUCUCAUAUGCCGUGCACAUCAAGUCGUCGAGGAUGGCUACGAAUUCUUCUCCAAACGACAGCUUGUUACAUUGUUCAGUGCGCCAAAUUAUUGCGGCGAAUUUGACAACGCUGGCGCGAUGAUGAGCGUUGACGAAAGUUUGUUGUGCUCAUUUCAGAUAUUGAAGCCUGCUGAGAAGAAACAAAAGUACGUCUAUGAUGGCAUGAAUACCGGCCGCCCCGUUACUCCUCCAAGGAAGCAGAAAAAGAAGUAA